AUUUAGCUGGGGCCCGUGUUGUAGACGUUCCUGCUUCAGGGGCAGCGUUGGUUUCCAGACCGAGAGAGUUCUUUGCUCUUUGCUUGACCUGCCUCAGGAUGGCUUCAUCACAUUUUGCCAGUCGACGCAGAAAGGAUUUAAGUACUGAUAUGAUUAGAACUAAAAUUGCUCAUAGGAAAUCUCUGUCUCAAAAAGAACACAGACAUAAGGAAUAUGAACGAAAUAGACACUUUGGCUUGAAAGAUGUCAACAUUCCAACCUUAGAAGGUAGACAUCUUCUUGAAUUAGACGAGACAUCUCAAGAGCUUGUUCCAGAAAAGGCCAGUGUCAAGCCAAAGUCAGUGAAAACUCUUCUACAUGAGCAACGGAAACAAAUGCUCCAGAAAUACAAAGAAGAAAAGCAACUUCAAAAAUUGAAAGAGCAAAGAGAGAAAGCUAAACGAGGAGUGUUUAAAGUGGGUCUUUAUAGACCUGAUGUGCCUUCAUUUCUUUUUUCAAACCGGAAUACUACGAAAGCUGAGCCAAUAAAGGCUGUUCCAUCUUUUGUACGGAUGACAAGGUCAAAGACCAAAGACCAAAUGGAGCAAACUAAGAUUACUAUUGGGAAUGAUGUUCAAACAACUCGGCCUGGUCAAAGACCAACUUCUGAAAAGAAAGUGUUGAACAAAGAGAAAAAAGUUGAACAGCCUGAAAUGCCCACAUCAAUAAGAAUGACUCGAUCAGCUACUCUAGCAGCAAAGCAGAUGGCUAGAACAGUCUCAUCUACUACAACAAGAAAGCCAGUGACAAGAGCUACUAAUGCUAAUGAAGCAGAAAGAAAAGCAACAAAUCAAGGAAGGCCUGCGAAAAAUGUAGAAACUAAACCUGACAAGGUCAUUUCUUUUCAAGUUGAUAGUGAAGAAGAUAAUUUGGAUUCGCACACCACUGCAACAAAUGAUGGAGUCUUAUCAAAAAUGGAAAACUUACCUAACACAAAUACUGCAAAAAUGAAAGGAAAGAAUUCCUUCGCACCUAAAGAUUUUAUGUUUCAGCCACUAGAUGGUCUGAAGACCUAUCAAGUCACACCUAUGACUCCAAGAAGCGCCAAUGCUUUCUUGACACCCAGUUACACCUGGACCCCUUUAAAAACACAAGUUGAUAAGACUCAAGACACAACAAAAGAAAUCUUGGCACAAAAAUGUAAAAUUGACUCUGCCAAGACAGUACAUCAGGAUUCAAAUAAAUUACAGUAUCCUCUGGAUUCUGUGACAGUUUGGAAUAAAGAAAAUGUCUUAAAUACAAAUGAUACUACUAAAAAUUCAAGUGGCUUUCCAAUAAAAGAAGUCCCGUCACUUGAAAUAAAUGAAGAUCAGUUAUCUCAGCCACAGCAUGAUGUGCCAUAUUUCAGAAAUAUUCUCCAGUCAGAAACUGAGAAAUUAACUUCUCACUGCCUCGAAUGGGACAGGAAGCUUGAAUUGGACAUCCCAGAUGAUGCUAAAGAUCUUAUUCGCACAACAGUUGGUCAAACAAGACUCCUUAUGAAAGAAAGGUUCAAACAAUUUGAAGGCCUAGUGGAUGAUUGUGAAUAUAAACGAGGUGAAAAGGAGACUACCUGUACAGAUCUGGAUGGAUUUUGGGACAUGGUUAGUUUCCAGAUAGAAGAUGUAAACCAGAAGUUCAAUAAUCUGACCAAACUUGAGGACUCUGGGUGGCAAAAUAAUAAUAAUAUAAGCAAAAAGGUCUUUCGGAAAAAAGUCAUCUCGGGUAUAGCAAGUAAACCAAAACAGGACGAUGGUGGAAGAAUUGCAGCUAGGAAUCGCCUAGCUGCCAUAAAAAAUGCAAUGAGAGAGAGAAUUAAGCAGGAAGAACAUGCUGAGGCAGCAGCCUCUGUAGUACCAAAGGAAGUUGAUAAAAUUGUGUUUGAUGCUGGCUUUUUCAGAGUUGAAAGUCCCGUUAAAUCAUUCUCAGGACUUUCUAUCUCUUCUGAACAUCUUUCUCAAAGACUUAGGACACCUAUGUCUGUCAGCAAAGCUGUGUCUGGCGGCAGGGCUGAUCUGGGCCUUCUAAGCCAAACUGCGUCACCAGACAAUCCUGGUCCUCAGAGUACCCGAAGGGAACAUGCUGAUGAGAAGACUUUGCUUUCAGAUAUUCCUGAAAACAGGAACAGCAUAGUAGAAGAUGCUCAGUGUCCUAGAUUACCGGAUUUAAUUGAAAUAAACCAUGUUGUAAGUAAGAUAAACUUUGAGAUGGAUUGUUUACCCAGUGAAAGAAUGAGCUUGCCUCUACUUACUGGUGAAGUGGCAUGUGAUAUUAACACUAACAAAACAGAAGAAAUUUCAGAUGUUGUGGAAGGAAUGGAACUAAAUUCUUCAAUGACAACACAAGAUGUUUUGAUGAGUAGCCCUGAAAAAGAUAUACCAUCACAACAUAACAUCUCACAGGAAGAAGAUACUAAAAUUUUCCAGUCAGUAUUAUUUGAUAAUAAAGGUCUUACUACUGAAUGCCAUCUUCUUGAGUCAACGGACCUAAACUGCAGUAAUCCAUUUACUCCUGUGGAGAGGAGACGUCGAGAACAUGCCAGACACAUUUCCUUUGGUGGUAACCUGAUUACCUUUUCACCGCUAAGGGCCCUCAGUGGGGAACAACCAGAAGAACUCUGAAUGUAAAAAUAAUUCCAACAUUUUCCUUCUUAUUAUCAAUGCUGUGGGGUAUAUUCUUAGAAUACCGAAAGGUUGAAGACUGUACUUUUGUUCACUUCUACUCAACCCAUUUAUAUGGUGUCAUGUAAUAUUUUAAUACUCAGUGUUCAUCCAAGUGUGUUUUAGAUAUGAUACUGUUUCUAAGGGAAGUGGGGAUAUUUUGUACAACAGCCAUGCAGAAUAAAAGAUAUACCAUG